UCAUAACAAACACACCCCCUAGACGAGGUCAGAUGGACCGGUAUCUUUGCUACUGCUAGUAACAUGAAGUAAAUUUUUUGUAAAUUAAGUACUCCUGGAAUAAUUAUGGAGUCCAUUGAAAGCUGGGCGGAAAUCGGUUUAUUGUACCUGAAUAAUACAAGACAUUUUAUUAAUGAUCAAUGUUCUGGUAGGGAGGCAUGGGAGAUCAUCUUGGCCACUGCGUUACUGAUAAACAUCUGCCAUUGGUUAUACCAGCAAGUGUUUUUCCAUGAGCUAAGUGUAUUUGAAAGGAUGAAGUUGUCUUUUUUCAAGAUAUUAAGACGUCUUCCAGUGAUUGGCCGAAAGAUUCAAGAGGAAUUAGAGAAAACAAAGUCAGCCAUUACCAAGGACAUGUUCCCACUUCCACAAGGUGACAUCUACAACACUCACUUGCCAGAGCAGGGAAUCCCCAAAGAUGAGUUAUUAAACUUAGUUACAACUAAGUAUAAAAGUAUGGAGAAAAUUGAUUGGCAGGGAGGGCGCUUGUCCGGUGCUGUUUACAAUUGUGGAGCUGAACAUGAGAGUCUUAUGGAGCGGAUCUAUGGUAUAUUUGUUGGUGAUAACUUACUCCACCCAGAUGUGUUCCCAGGUACUCGCAAAAUGGAGGCUGAAGUUGUAGCCAUGUGCUGUAAUUUUUUUCAUGGUGGUCCCGAAGCAUGCGGCACGAUGACUUCAGGAGGCACAGAAAGUAUUUUGAUGGCAUGCAAGGCCUACAGGGAACAUGCUUACAAGCGAGGAAUAAAAUAUCCUGAAAUUUUGGCACCUUGCAGUGGACAUGCAGCAUUUGCUAAAGCUGCUAAGUAUUUCAAAAUGAGGUACGUUGAAACCCCAAUAGAUCCAACCACCAAAUUGAUCAACAUACCAGCGAUGAAACGAAAAAUAAGCAAAAACACUUGUAUGCUGGUUGUGUCUGCACCCUCAUUCCCCUAUGGUGUUGUUGAACAGGUUGAAGAAGUUGGCAAGCUCGGCAAGCACUACAACAUCCCUGUUCAUGUUGAUGCUUGCAUGGGUGGCUUCAUUAUCCCUUUUGCCAAGAGGGCGGGCAUCAACCUGCCACCGAUGGAUUUCAGAGUCGAGGGAGUGACAAGCAUAUCAGCGGAUGCUCACAAGUAUGGUCUUGCACCAAAAGGAAAUUCAAUUGUUGUUUACAAAAACCCUGAAUAUCGAAUGGGACAGUUCUACAUAAACACAGAUUGGUGUGGUGGUAUUUAUGCUUCUCCUGCUGUUGGGGGCACAAGAUCUGGAGCCGUAAUAGCAACAUGCUGGGCUACAAUGAUGUAUGUUGGUGCCGAUGGCUACCAAGAAAAUGCAGUGAAAAUCAUUAAAACAAGAGAAUAUGUAGAAGAUUGUGUCCGCAAUAUUCCAGGAUUAACUGUUCAAGGGAAGCCAGACGUGAACAUUCUCUCGAUAUCUUCAGAUACAUUUGAUAUUUAUCGAUUGGGAGCAGCAUUGACCAACAAAGGUUGGCACAUGUUUACAGUCCAGUAUCCAGCGGGUGUAAAUUUUUGUGUGACGAAGAUGCAUACGCUACCUGGGGUUGCCGAGGGAUUUGUGAAGGACCUUGAGGAAUGUACCGCAGAUAUCAUGAAAGACCCCAACGCUAAGGCUGAUGGAAUUGCUGCGAUCUACGGCAUGGCUGAAAGUAUACCAGACAGGUCAAUGGUGGCAGAGUUUGUGCAGGGGUAUCUGGAAGCCUACUACAGCACAAAGUUGUAGGCAGAGGAUCAGAAAGACUAAAUGAGGGCUGCAUUAAUACUGUCAAUGGUCUUUUUGCUGACUGUUGUGUAGUAAAUUGUAUUGAAAUCAAUGUGGAAAUAAAACCAUUCCGUCCAACUGCUGCUAUCAUCUUAGCUAAGAUGACAAACUUCAGAAUAAAAACUAUUGUGCAUUAAUAGUGGACCAUUAAAUUGGUUGUUAAUCAAUCAAAAAUUUUCACCCUUAUAAAUGGAUUUAAUAGAACUAAAAUAUAUUUGAAAAAAAUUAUCCAGUUAUCCAGUAUUAUAGAUUUUAUGGCAAAAUGUAUAACUUUACAAGUUUUAACAACUUACCAAAAUCAUUAUAUUAUGCAAUUUGAGUGAUUUUACACAAGGAAUAGAAUUUUUUUUAAUGUGAUUUUUUGUUUAAAUAUUUUGAACUGAAUUUUUAAAAAAUAUAUAUAAAUAAAUAACUGUCUGAUGAAUAUGAUUAGUGCACAAGUGUAUUCAUGCUACAUAACAACGCCACUAAGAAGGCAUCUGCACAUGCGAGAAUGUUCUCGUCGCCUGGAUUCUACGACACAGUUUGGCCCGAACCUACAUUGUGCAGGGAACGCGAGGAAGACGGUAACAGAUGAGCGUAUCUCAUGUAUAUAACAUCUUUGUGCAGAUUUGCUGUGCACAAAAACUUAAUGCACACACAAUUAGGCGAACCAUGCAUUCGCAAAAUCUUGCUAACUUAUCGCAGUUUAAAAAGUGGUGCUACUUCGUCUUGGGACAAAUUUAAUCCAACUCUAACAUGGCUUAAUCCAACUCUAACAUGGUUUAAUCCAACUGUAACAUGGCUUAAGAUAUUAAUAAUCCUGCUACUGGCAAUUAUUUGCACAUCUGUGUAAAUAAAUAUCAGACAUCACAAGAGCACAAAUGACUUUGAAUAAGACAACAAGAAACUUUAAUUCUGUCUUACAUUGCUUUUAAUAUAAUUACAGACAUGUGCAACUCCAUUUGUUAAUCAAGUGCAUACGAUUACUUCUUGCCUGACGUUACUUUGUUUUUCUUUGUACCACGGACCUUCUUCAUUCUGUUCUUUCUUUCCUUUCGUUGU